AUGUGCGAUCGGGUGGAGUGGAACGACAAGCAGCUGAACCAGCUGCACCAGUGGAGCUUGUGGCGGGCAGAGACGGGCUGCGAGUGGCCGCCGCUGCCGCCACAGCUGGAGAGGCGCUCCCGCGCCGCGUUCGCGUCGGCGCAAGUGCACCCGAGCCGGAUGCAGCGGCACGUCUGCUACGCGCUCGGCUCGCUCGGAUUGCCGUCGCAGGAGGAGGUUCGCAUCCCCGAAGGCUACUCGAUCGACGUGGCCACGGAGUGGGGCGGCGUGCGGGUCGGCAUCGAAGUGGACGGCCCGUCGCACUUCCGGACCGACCGAAGGCCGACCGGCUCGACGGUGCUCAAGCGGCGUCAGCUGCGCCACUUUGGGUGGACGCUGCUCUCGGUGCCGUACUGGGAGUGGGAGGCGCUGCGCGACGAGGACCGCUUCAUCCAGCGGCAGAUGCAAUGUGCCUAUCUCGCCGAGGCGCUCGACGAGGCGACGGGCACGCGCACCACCGCAUCGGGGGACGGGUGGGUGGCCAUCGACUGCACCUCGCUGCUCGACGAGGCGACCGCCGAGCUGGAGGACCUCCCGUCCUUCCAGGGCGUCGCGCCGAGCGGCACGGCCACGGCGCGGCUCGAGCCGCCAGAGCUCGACCCGCCCCCGGAGCCGGCGACGGCGGCGCCGGAGCCGGCGACGGCGGCGCCAGAGGAGGACGCAGAGGAGGAGGAGGGCGGCAGGGGCGCGGCGGAGGAGGGGGAGCUGUGA